GUCGUGUUUCCGGCUGGCUUUUGCCUGUUUAUUUGACAGGGUGGUCGGUAUCAUCUGGGCACACAGAUGGCUGAAGGUACGCGGCUAGAGAACGCGAACCCGCUGAUUUAUCAGCGAUCUGGUGAGCGGCAGCUUACUGCAGAGGACGAAGAUGAGGACUUUGUCGACCCUAUUGAUGACAGAGAGAUUUUUGAUUUAAUAAGAUCAAUUAAUGAUCCAGAGCAUCCUCUGUCAUUAGAAGAGUUAAAUGUUGUGGAGCAAAUGAGAGUGCAUGUAAAUGAUAAUGAAAGCACAGUAUCAGUUGAGUUUACCCCUACAAUUCCUCACUGCAGCAUGGCUACGUUGAUUGGUCUGUCAAUUAAAGUUAAACUUCUUCGAUCUUUACCAGACCGCUUCAAGAUUGAUGUACAUAUUUCACCUGGGACUCAUGCCUCUGAACAAGCAGUAAACAAGCAACUGGCAGACAAAGAAAGAGUGGCAGCAGCAUUAGAGAACACUCAUCUCCUGGAGGUUGUGAACCAGUGUUUGUCUGCAAGAGUUUAAUCUUGUUAUUCCAUUAAAUGUCAGCACAGCCUUGCUGUGUUUUUAUUUACUGUAAAUGUAGUGUCUUACAUUUCUUUUGUAAGAGAUGAAGGUUUGCUUUCUAGGAAGCUAUUUUAUUGCCCUUAUCAUUGAUUAAGAAUGGAGCACUGUACUUUUGUUUAGAUAUUUGAGAGGUUCCUAGAUUUAAUGAACUAAUCUGUGUUAACUGGAAAUUGUUCCUUUUAAAUAAAAAAAAAAUGUUUCUUACUAAAGUUUUUUUUUUUUUUUAUGUUUUGCAUUUCUAAAAAGACCAAGUAAAGUUUAAUUUAAUAUCUUAUCUGGAUUCAGACCCUAUUUCUUCUGUUUGAUAACCAGGUAUUCAUUCUGCUUCCUCUUCCAAAGUUUUGAAUUUCUCUAGGUAUGUUUAGUGCUUAUGUAUCAAUAAUAAUAAAAUCAUAAUCAGCU